UCGCGUCUGUGGGGGCGGGGCGGGACGGCGUCAAAUGUAAAUACACCUGCUUUGCCUGUCCACGCUUGAGCCGCUGCGUGGGAACUCCGGCCCUUGCCAAAUUCUAGCGUCGCGCAGAGACAGGAACUGGGCUGCUCCAGUCCGGGGCUUCGUUCUGCGCCGGGGCCGCUUAACUGCACGCGGUACCCAUGUUUGAAGAUGCCAGCUACUACAUAUGAAAGGGUGGUUUACAAGAACCCUUCAGAGUACCACUAUAUGAAAGUCUGCUUAGAGUUUCAAGAACACGGAGUUGAGCUGAACGCAGCCCAGUUCAAACAGCUCCUUGUUUCGGCCCUAAAGGACCUGUUUGGCGAGGUUGGUGCUGCUCUACCUGUGGAUGUCCUAACCUAUGAAGAGAAGACCUUGUCGGCCAUCUUGAGAGUAUGCAGCAGUGGUCUGACUAAAUUGUGGAGCUCUUUGACCUUGUUCGGAGCCUAUAAAAACAAGAAGUGUGCCUUCAGAGUGAUUCAGGUGUCUCCCUUUCUCCUAGCAUUAUCUGGUAACAGCAGGGAACAAGUGUUGGAUUGAAUACUCCUACAGUUCCAGAAACCUCCACUCUCAACAGAAUCUUGGUGUCUACAUA